UCCCUGAGAUUUUAUAUUUGCACCCAGACUUCUUACUCCUCUCUCUCACACUCACAGCCUCACGCAGUCACUCUCUCAUUCACGAUUCACGCACACCAGUCACCACGCCCUCACCCUCUCGCACGGCGCACCACCACCACCGGCCACCGCCACGCCACGCCACCACCGUCCACCGACCACCAGUCCAGCCGCCCCUCUGUUGCGGCUCUACCCUAGCCCAAGUUUAGGGAGAGAGAGUUUGCACAGGUCUUUAGUCAUGAGCUUCUCGUCUGGUUCAAGUUCAACCUGAUUAUCAUAUAUUCCUGAGCUAUGAAGAUUUCUUCGAUGGGAAAGAAAAAGACGGACGAUGCAGGCCAGUCUACGAAGGCCAAAGCUAGUAGCAAAGAUGCUCCUAAGAAAGAAAAAAUUUCUGUCUCUGCCAUGCUGGCCAGUAUGGAUGAAAAGCCUGAUAAAGCCAAAAAAGUAGCUUCUUCCUCCAAUAAGCCCAAGCCAAAACCGAAAGCUUCUACUUACACUGAUGGUAUUGAUCUUCCUCCCUCUGAUGAUGAUGAUGACGAUCUAUCUGAAGAUGAGUCCAAACAGUCCAGACCUGAUUUCAAGCCACUUGAAGUGUCUGUUACAGACAAAGAGUUGAAAAAACGUGAGAAGAAAGAUAUUUUGGCUGCCCAUGCUGUUGAGCAGGCAAAGAAGGAAGCUCUUAGGGAUGAUCAUGAUGCUUUUACUGUUGUCAUUGGAAGCCGGGCUUCAGUGCUUGAUGGAGAAGAUGAUGCUGAUGCUAAUGUUAAAGAUAUAACGGUGGAAAAUUUUUCUGUGUCUGCUCGAGGUAAGGAACUUCUGAAAAAUACAUCGGUGAAGAUAUCUCAUGGGAAGCGAUAUGGUUUGGUUGGGCCCAAUGGAAUGGGCAAGUCCACACUAUUGAAGCUUCUUGCUUGGAGGAAGAUACCAGUACCUAAAAAUAUCGAUGUCCUUCUGGUUGAGCAGGAGAUAGUUGGGGAUGAUAAAACAGCACUUGAAGCUGUUGUUUCAGCUAAUGUUGAACUUGUUAAUGUUCGACAAGAAGUUGCUGCUCUCACAAAUGCAGCUUCUGUUGAGGAAAGUGUAGAUAAAGAUAAUAAUUUGGAGGAAGAUGAAGCAGGAGAAAAGUUAGCAGAGCUGUAUGAAAAAUUGCAGCUGAUGGGGUCUGAUGCUGCUGAAUCUCAGGCAUCAAAGAUAUUAGCUGGUUUGGGUUUUACAAAGGAUAUGCAGGGCCGUCCUACAAAAUCCUUUAGCGGUGGCUGGAGGAUGAGAAUUUCUUUAGCUCGAGCACUUUUUGUGCAGCCAACUCUAUUACUGCUUGAUGAACCCACAAAUCAUCUUGACCUGAGGGCUGUUCUCUGGUUGGAAGAGUACUUGUGCCGUUGGAAAAAAACUUUGGUGGUUGUCUCUCAUGAUAGGGAUUUCCUGAAUACAGUAUGCAUUGAGAUUAUUCAUCUCCAUGAUUUGAAGCUUCAUCUCUAUCGUGGAAACUUUGAUGAUUUUGAGAGUGGGUAUGAACAGCGUCGUAAAGAGAUUAAUAAGAAGUAUGAGAUUUAUGACAAGCAAAUGAAAGCGGCUAAAAGGAGUGGAAACCGGGCUCAACAAGAAAAGGUGAAGGAUCGAGCUAAGUUUGCAGCAGCUAAGGAAGCAUCUAAAAACAAGGGUAAGGGCAAGGGCAAGGUUGAUGAGGAUGAGAUCGCACCAGAGGCACCACAGAAAUGGAGGGAUUACAGUGUUGAGUUCCACUUUCCUGAACCUACUGAGCUCACACCUCCACUUAUGCAGCUUAUUGAAGUGAGCUUCAGCUACCCAAACCGAGAUGAUUUCAGACUCUCAAAUGUUGAUGUUGGCAUUGAUAUGGGGACUCGUGUUGCCAUUGUUGGGCCUAACGGAGCUGGAAAAUCUACACUGCUAAAUCUUCUGGCUGGUGAUUUGGUUCCAUCUGAAGGUGAAGUUCGAAGGAGUCAGAAGUUGAGGAUAGGAAGAUAUUCCCAACACUUUGUGGACCUUCUGACAAUGGAUGAAACUCCUGUGCAGUACCUUCUCCGUCUCCACCCAGACCAGGAGGGACUUAGCAAGCAAGAGGCUGUUCGUGCAAAGCUUGGUAAGUUUGGGCUGCCUAGUCAUAACCAUCUUACCCCUAUUGUGAAACUAUCAGGAGGGCAAAAAGCUCGGGUGGUCUUCACGUCGAUAUCCAUGUCAAAACCUCACAUUUUAUUGUUAGAUGAACCCACAAAUCAUCUGGAUAUGCAAAGUAUUGAUGCAUUGGCUGAUGCAUUGGAUGAAUUCACUGGAGGAGUUGUUCUUGUUAGUCAUGAUUCAAGAUUGAUAUCACGUGUUUGUGACGAUGAAGAAAGGAGUCAAAUAUGGAUUGUUGAGGAUGGCACUGUCAGAAAUUUCCCUGGAACAUUUGAGGAUUACAAGGAUGAUUUGCUGAAAGAGAUUAAAGCUGAAGUUGAUGAUUAAGCCUCCUUUGAUGAAAACAAUUCAUUUAUGGCGAUUGGUGACAAUUUCCCAAUAUAUAUCUUUAUCUAUGCACUUGCCUCUCAUGUAUUUUUCUGAUAAAGAGACUUCCCUCUGGCAGAUACCACAUUUUCGCCUCCCCUUUCCCUGUUUUUUGGUCUUCUAUUUUACUACAGAGUGAAAUUAUAAUGCGGGAAAUGCUACCAAUGCGUUUAGAAAGACUCAAUUUCUGGUGUACCAAGAUUAUAUGUUAGGAACGUGUGGUUCAAUUGUUAAAGGUCUGAAUAAACUUCUGAUUAUUGGAAAAAUUGCUGAUGCUGUUUUUAUUUUGUCACAUUGAAUCAGAUUAUGUAUUGAUUCAAAUUUUGGAAGGUCAUCAAUAGAGUGAGAUCUAUAAAAUUAUAGAAUUACCUGUGUACUUUUUGCUAUAAAGAUCUUUGAAGAAAGUUUUA